AUGGUUGCAGAUGCAAUGCGUGAUCAUGCACUGGCUGUACGCUGCUGGGUUCAGUGUUAUUGGUUGUAUCACCUGUGUCUUUCUUAUAUUGCGUACGAUGGUACAUAUUAUUCGCAUCCACUCGUCAUGGUGAUACUUAAAGUUUGCUUACCCUACUUGUUGUAUAGUUCUGUUCGAAAAAUACCGAGGAUCAUUACUCUUUUGUCAUUGAUGAUUACAGCUACUUGGCUAUUGGCUCGUUACUGUCAUACUAUUUACAUGUGGUAUGAAGUUGACACAUUUACCGUCUAUUUCCUUGUUUGGCAAUUCGCUGCUCUUAUUUAUAAAUGGCUUUAUCAGGAUCUACCGAUUAUUUCUUUUACUCUUCAUCAACAAGUAACUUGUUUAUCUAUGGCAUAUUUAGCAUUUACGACGUAUGAUAUUGUAUUUCGACUUGUACCCACAUAUAUCGAUUUUGCUUUUUUUUGGCUAGUAUCUGCUAUGGAUAUUAUCAUAUGUUUGCAUCCAAAAUGUGGUGGUAAUGACCGAAUAAAUGAAGCAGUGGUGGACGCUCUGUCAUUUGAUUAUCCAACGACUCCACUUGGUGUUUAUUGCGUAUAUGAUAUCAAUGAACUGAAUGAUGAUGUAGAAAAAGAAGACAAGUGUAAUUCGUUUCUUGGAUGGGGUGACUUUCUUAUUUUCAAUAUUUUACUACUAUUGGUUAUACCCACCAAUUCUUCGAUUACAAUAAGAACAUGCAUAGCAUUCGGUUGCAUAGUCAGCGUACAACUUGCUGAUAUAUGCACUGAUUCCCUGCUUCACUAUACUGAUUCUGAUUCUUUGCCGGCUCUGCCUCUUCCAACGAUUGCUGCCACUGCUUAUGCUAUCGUUGUUGAUGCCAUUAUUGAAUAUUCAAAUCUUAACUGUGAGGAUCUGUUGAAAUGA